UCUACUCCGAUGCAUCCUCGAUAUAAUGGGCGGAGCGAGGACACUUCCGGGUAUCUGGACCGUACUUGGCUUGAUGCGAACUUGUGUAUUGGAACAGUACUUGGGCCGCGCUUGAUGACUUUUCACAAGUUCACGAGGACACAAGUACAGAGAAGUUCACAUAUUGAGAAACGGCCUAUGUCAGCAGGUUAUAACCAUGAAAAGCAUCCACUCCCUGGCUGGUAUCCUUCUGGUCCUUGGCUUUGUCCAGAGCAGCUGGCAGGUUCCUCUACAGGAAGCUGAUGACAACUUAAGCUUCGAGGCAGACGACACGUUAGCGGAGGAGCUGAGGGAGCUGUCCAACACCAAGAGGCAUUCGGAGGGGACUUUCUCAAACGACUACAGCAAAUUCCUGGAGGACAGGAAGGCGCAGGACUUUGUCCGGUGGCUGAUGAACAACAAGAGGAGCGGUGCUGAGGAAAAGCGCCACGCCGAUGGGACCUUCACCAGCGAUGUGAGCUCGUUCCUCAAGGACCAGGCCAUCAAGGAGUUUGUCGCCAAGCUCAAGUCCGGGAAAGUCAGAAGAGAAUCUGAAUCGGACAGGCGGGGCGAGGCGUUCAGCAGGAGGCAUGUAGAUGGGAGCUUCACCAGUGAUGUGAACAAGGUGCUGGAUUCCAUGGCUGCCAAGGAAUAUUUACUCUGGGUCAUGACCUCCAAGCCGUCAGGGGAGAGUAAGAAAAGACAAGCCGACCAAUGAGACACUCGUCCAGGACCCCCCUCUGUGCGCUCUACACAAAGCCAUAAACAGGAGGAAUAGAAAGCCAUAACGCUUAGCAUGUUGUAACGUCAACACUAUAUUUAAAUUUGUUAGUCUUUUUUUACUUAAUGUUCGUGACGCAAAGAUACAAAAAAAAAAUACAGGACUCUUCCAUAGUUCUUCGUUGUGCAUCAGAGAGAAAACAUGGAAUUUGAGGGCACAUUUUUUUUCUACAAAUUUAAAUUAUUUUCUAUAUU